AUUUGGAGGUCUGGAUUGAUAGAAAGACAUCUGAAGUUGGAAUUGGGUCUAGUGGGCAGUUGGGGGAAAGGCCGCUUCGGAGAAGACGAAGUAGGAGCCGUUUUUCAUUAGCUGGGGACCAACACGACAACAGACUUCCUUAGUUGUAUCUGCAUAAGAAGAUGGCUCCUACAGAGGACAUAGGAACAGCCGAAGUAUGUGAAGAGUUGGAUCAACUCAUCCUCCACCUUUUUCAUGUUCUGGAGACACUCCAGUCUAAGAGAGAAGCUUUUAACGGCUUAGUAGAGGAGGGAUGGUUCUCACUGUCCAAGUCCCGCUAUGCCAUGGGGAACAACUCUGUCUCUACCCUGCAGUAUGGCCAUCAGAUGACUCCACUCGUUCGGAUGCAAAUCAGUGAGGGAGAGAAGGGUCGGCUGGAGUUUCAGGUGGUCUCAGAAGAUGCUCCAAAACAAAAGGGUGAAGGCACAGCUAUUGUGGAAGAAAUCGGACCCAGAGAGCAAGUUCUACGACGGCGGAAGGGACCAGGAAAAACAGAAAGCCCAGCCCAAAACGAGAAUGCAGCCACCCAGCCUGCAGAAGGAGUAGGGUACCGAGACCCCCUGAACUGGUUUGGCAUCCUUGUGCCCCAAAGUCUCCGACAAGCCCAAAGGACUUUCCGAGAAGGAAUCCACUUGGCUGCAGAAAUUGCCUCAUUACAGAGUGAAAUUGAGACCACUCGGAGACGUUACCAUGCUUUGCUGAAAAGAAAACACAAGCUUGCUGCCAAAGAGAAGCAGUGCUGCUCUUGAAGAGCUGUAACCAUUUUCCUGCUGAGAUUAUGGAUAUAGGAAUGUGAGGAAUUAUUACCAAUAUUUAUUGGAACUGAUCCCUGCGAACUCUGCAGUUGUUCCAUGCUACUAUUUUUAUCUGUAUAUACUAUUCCAAUUAAUAAAUAAGGGACAUUAUAAGCUUCAGAUAA